UGUUCUUAUGCAUUACUUCAUAGGGAUUCUAUUCCAGUUGUUCCAGGAGACAUUAUUCAUUUAGAAGGGGAGUGUAGCUCUGGUACCUGGAUAAUAAAUGAACAGUCUGGAUACCUGAUUCUUUACCCAGACCUGCUGCUUUCUGGCACUACAGUAGCAAGUAGCAUUCGAUGUAUGAGAAGAGCAGUGCUGAGUGAAAAAUUCAGGCGCUCCGAGUCUGGGUCAUGCCAAAUGCUCGUUGGUACAAUUCUUCAUGACAUUUUCCAGCAAGCAGUAACAAAUAACUUGGCCCGUGAAAAAGUGGAAGAACUAGCAAAUAAAACUGUCUAUGGACAAAAGUAUCUUAAAGAAAUGUAUCUCUUAAAUCUGAAACAAAAAGAAAUAAUGCAGGAAGUAGAAGAAUAUUUGCCCUCAUUUUAUAAAUGGGCGGAAGACUUCAUGCACAAUCCAGCAAACCAAAAUAAAAUGCAACUAAAACUAUCAAGUAAUGGGAAAGUAGAUGAUCUGUCUUCUAGGAUAGAAAUUGUAGAUAUCCUAGACAUCGAAGAGACUCUCUGGUCUCCCAGGUUUGGGUUGAAGGGCAAGGUUGAUGUUACAGCCAGUGUGAAAAUCCAUUGCCAGUCUGGAGUACAGUCUAGGAUAAUGCCCCUGGAACUCAAGUCUGGCAAAGAAUCUAACUCCAUCGAACACAGAAGUCAGGUUAUUCUCUAUACACUACUGAACUUAGAACGGAGAGUAGAUCCUGAAGUUGGAUUUCUUAUUUAUCUUAAAACUGGUACUAUGUAUCCUGUUUCUGGAACUCGUAUGGAUAGAAGAGAAUUAAUGAAGCUAAGAAACCAGAUGGCUUUCUACUUAAUGCAUGGUACAUGUAAGUCUACUGUGGGAAGAAAGCAAACGCAGCUUGCUGCUUUGCCUCCUAUAAUUGAUGACAGUCAAGCCUGUAAAUACUGUUCCCAAGUGCACAAUUGCUUUCUAUAUAGCAGGGCUGUAGAACAAAAGAUGGCCAGUGUGUCUCUUCCUCCUGUUAUGGUACCUGUUAUUGAAAAAGAGACCCAGCAUCUGAAACCCUCCCACUUAGAGUAUUUCAGCCUGUGGUAUCUAAUGUUAUCCUUGGAACUACAAAGUGGAGAGAGUAAAAAGGGAUCUAAAAACAUAUGGAUGAUACCUUCUUUGGAAAGAGAGAAGGCUGGAGAUUGUGUUGGAAACAUGAUCAGAACUGGUCAAGUGCAGGAGAUUUAUGAAGGACAAUAUCUACAUUGUUUCCAACGUAAAAAUGGUGCGAUACCUAUAACAAACCUCCUGGUUGGUGACAGAGUGGUCGUAAGUGGAGAGGAAAAUGGUUUGCUUGGCUUGACUACUGGCUAUGUUAGAGAAGUCACUGCCACAAAUGUCUACUGUUUGUUGGGCAGGAAUUUGUCCAAGCUUCCAAAGAACACUGUAUUUAGAUUGGAUCAUGAAGAAGGAAACUUUGGUAUAGGUAUCCCCCUUGAAAAUCUUUCCAAAUUUAUGGAAGACACCCCAGUCAGUGAAAAGCUUCGCAACUUGAUAAUUGACUUCCACAAACCAUGUUUCAUUCAGCAUUUGAGUUCUGUUCUUCCUCCUGAAGCUAAGGAAACUGUUGCAAAUAUUUUAAAAGGUCUUAAUAAGCCUCAGAAGCAGGCAAUGAAACAAGUGUUGCUUUCGAAGGACUACACGCUUAUCGUGGGUAUGCCCGGAACAGGAAAAACUACCACAAUAUGUGCUCUGGUGAGAAUUCUUUCUGCUUGUGGCUUCAGUGUUCUUCUGGCCAGUUUUACACACACUGCUGUGGACAACAUCCUGUUGAAGCUGGCCAAAUUCAAAGUAGGAUUCUUGCGCUUGGGGAGAGCUCAGAAGGUUCAUCCAGAUAUACAGAAGUUUACAGAAGAAGAAAUUUGCAGGUCCAAAUCAAUUAAGUCUGUAACUGAUUUGGAAGAGCUCUAUAACAGUCAGCCAGUGGUUGCAACAUCUUGCAUGGGAGUAAAUCACCCCAUCUUUGUUCGGAAGCAGUUUGAUUUCUGUAUAGUUGAUGAAGCUUCCCAAAUCAGCCAGCCCAUCUGCCUGGGCCCGCUCUUCUCUUCCAAAAGGUUUGUGCUGGUGGGGGAUCACCAGCAGUUGCCUCCACUUGUACAGAAUGCAGAAGCCAGAGAUCUUGGCAUGAGUGAAAGCUUAUUUAAGAGGCUGGAACAAAACCAGAAUGCUGUUGUCCAGUUAACUGUGCAAUACAGAAUGAAUAGUAAAAUUAUGUCAUUGAGUAACACGUUGGUGUAUGAAGGCAAACUGGAGUGUGGCUCAGAGAAGGUGUCAAAAGCCACUGUGAACUUGCCCAAUCUGAAGCAAUUGAAACUGGAUCUUGCAGAUUCUUCAAAAAUGUGGUUGAAAAAAGUACUUGAACCAGAUACACCUGUGUGUUUUCUAAACACAGAGAAGGUCCCAGCACCAGAACAUGCAGAAAAAGGUGGUGUAAGUAACGUGACAGAAGCCAAAAUAGUGCUCUUCCUCACAUCAUUAUUUAUCAAGGCUGGCUGUAAGCCUUCAGACAUUGGUAUUAUAUCGCCAUACAGACAUCAAUUAAAAACAAUCACUGAUUUGAUGGCAAGAUUAAAAGAAAAUAGAGUGGAAGUCAAUACUGUAGACAAAUACCAAGGAAGAGACAAAAGUAUUAUAAUUGUGUCCUUCGUUAGAAACAGUCAUGAUGAAAACCUUGGCAGCCUUCUGAAGGACUGGCGACGUCUUAAUGUUGCUAUCACCAGAGCCAAACACAAACUGAUCAUGGUCGGUUGUGUUCCGUCCCUGUGCCGCUAUCCUCCUUUAGAGAAGUUACUCUGCCAUUUACAGUCUGAAUCAAUGAUCUUCAAUCUUCCAGCAGGUGCUCAUGAAAGUAUCCAGAAAUGUAGCAUUUUAUGACCCUAAAGAUCAGGAACUUGAUGGACAUAUUUUGUGGGUG